AUGAAUCGCCUCCUGGACCGCUUCCGGCUGGCCGGCCCUGCCAACCAGAAAUGGAAUCAUGGCUUCUCCGACGCGUUUCAACCCAAGCCACUCCGCCAUGUAGACAGCUUUCACUCGCGCUAUGUGCAGAUGCUGCUCGACCAGGACAAUGUCGCCAGGACGCACAACAUCCUCGCCUCCUUCUUUGUGUGGCUGCUGCUGGCCAGCUUCAUCGUAUUCCCCGGCACAUUCACCACCAUACAAAAGUCCAUUGAGAAGAAUGAAAAUGGCAAUUUUCCCAGCAAAGCAGCCGAAUCCUUCUUCAAGAGCGUAAAAAACGUGCCGCUUCUCGCGCUAGCCGCCAUCAUGUGUUCCAUUUCUGUCAUUGGCAUGGCCGUCCUCGCACUCCGCCACUUGAACAAUUAUGUCUGGAUUCUGAACAAGCUCUUCCUUCCUGGUUUCGCCAAUUGCACGGCCGGACUCAUAUCGACUUUGGUUGGUGUCUAUACCCAACAAAAGGGUGUCUGGAGCAUCUCGGCCAAGGUCACCGCGAUUGUGGAAGGCUGCGGUGUGGCCAUUUGUGGUACCAUCUGGUACGUGGUCGAUCACUUCUUUCUUUGCAAGGUCAAGGAGACACACGACAAGCACUACGAUGAGUGGCCUAAGCAGCGCGGCUAG